AUGGCGCCCAACCUGGCGACCCCGGUCUUCGGGGAGGUCCUCGACUCCUUCACCGACCGUCAGUUCGAGAUCAUCCUCCCGUGCGCGUCGAACCAUGUUCAGCCUGUGUCCGACGAGGUGGUGGUCUUCCCGACCACCGGGUCGGCCCACCCGCUGACGGAGGAUGCCACGCUGCUGCUUUGCGGCCAGGACCGGCGCCUCCGCCUGCAACUGCAAAUCCGCCCCCGGCCGGCGCUCGAAGAGGCCGUCUCAGCCUCGACCGAUGCCCAGGGGCCGCACCAUGCGCCGGACGCCGUGGUCGCCGAGGAGGUGAUUGUCUUCACCUUCGAGCAGCCCCUGGUCCCGGACCCGGCGGUGUUCUUUGUGCCGAGCACCAGUGCCGGGGUGAAUGCCGGUCCCCUUGGUCGCCUUUUUGCCCUGGUCCUGACGGCCAACGGGUCGCUCUUCCGCCUGGUCCUGGAUUUGGUGAUGGUGGAGGGCGCCGGCCUGCGCCUGGUCCCGCCGCCUGCCCCGCAGGGCGCCUUCCAGCCCUGGGUGGAUACAGUGCACUUUGUGUCCGGGCCGCUGCUGGGCGAGAGCUCCGUCGGCCUUCGUCCCGGGGUUUCGCUGCUGGCCGCCGUGUCGCCCUCGGACGCGGUGGUGGCUCUGGCAUGCGGGUCCCUGCGCACGGCCAUCAUCUCCGAAUGCGGCACCAAAGUGGCCCUGCAUCCGGUGGAUAUUGAGUCCUUCGAGACGGGAUUGUCUCUGAAGUCCUUCUUCCGGCGCUUUGUGUCGCCCGUGCAAGAGGCUGUCCCCUUUGUGGCCAUUCGCAUUGUGUACCAUCCCACCCUGCGCGAUGUCUUCCUCUUUUCCCUGUCCGCCGGUGGCGUGGUCCAGCUCUGGUCGGUGGCCACGCAGAAGUGCCUGGACACGCACAGCCUCCUGCCGCUCGUCCGCCAGUCCCAUGCCCAUACGCCCCAGCAGACACAGUCCCCGGUGGGCAAUCUCCUGGACCAGCCCUUCUCUUCGGACAGCCUGCAGAUUGUCUCCAUUCUUCCCUUGACCCCGGCGACGGCGUCCACCCUGACUGGCUUGGGCAGUGGCGAUCUGUCGGACACCGAGGAAUCGCCCGCGGAUGCCAUCACCGCCGAGGAGGCCGCCGACAUGGACUCCCUCGGCAGCGAUGACGAGGAGAUCUUCCACCAGCAGCUGCUCGUCCGGGCAAUGGUUUACAUCUCGGACAAAUCUGGUCCCUUCUUCGCGGAGUUGCACUAUCGCAUUUCCGACGACCAUAUUGAGCGCAUCAACAUGCCACGCCUGCCGGCCCCGACGGGUGUGCAGCGCUUCACCAUCGACACCGAGCACGUGUGGGCCCUCGCGCGCACCCCGGACACCAUGCUCACCGUGGGCGACACCCCGGCGGCCCUUUCGGCGGCUGGUGCCCGGUAUGAGUCGGUUUUGCUGGCGCGCUGUCCGCUGCCGAUGGAUCGUGAAUCCAUCGAGCAGGCCCCCUCCGGGCCGCUGCUUCCCGGGGCUUGGGAGGUGGUCAGCUUGCUGCCGGCCCUGGAGACCGGGCUGCUGACGCCGGUCCUCCAGCAGUUUGCCUUCUUCGAGCGCCUGGCCGCCGCCGGGCUGGGCUUCCCCCUGGACCCGGAGGUCAUCAGCGCGGUGGGCACGCGGUUCCUGGCCACGCCGGGGCUCUUUUCCAUGGCCGUUGUUUGCCAGGCGGUGCAGAUGUUCUCGCAGGCGCCGCUGCGGUGUGCCGAUGCCGAGGUGCUGGGCCUGUGCGCCGGGCGCAUCCUGACCGUCGCGGGGCAGAAGGCCCGCGAGCUGGGCACCUCGUUGGAGUCAGCGGUCUUGGCCUCCUGGCGGCACUUCUUGGACCUGCUUCUGGAGGCAUACCAGCGCAGCCUGACCCCGGUGGCCGUGUGCAGCCUGACCGAUGCCCCGGUGCCCGGGGGCCAGGGGCCUCUGGUGGUCCUCCUGCGCCACCAGGCUCUCUCCGAGAUCCGGCCCCUCGGGCAGGUUGAUCUCUUUGGGGCCUUCGUGGCCGCGCCCUUCCCCCAGAUGGCAGAGCAGCUGGUGGCCCAGGCCGGUGGGGACAUCGGGCCGUGGGCAGCAUUCGCCCGCCUGGCCCGCGCGGCGUAUGGCACCGUGCUGACUGGCACAGGGCUGCUGCCGCUGUGGGUGGCCCUCGACCGGGCGCUGUGCCGGCUAUCAUCGACCGGCCCCGGGGCCGGGGCCUCUGAUGCUGCCCCGGCCAUCGGCUGGGCGUCCGUGCUGGACGCGCUGGCCGGGGCUCCGGGUGGUCAGGAGGCGGCGACUCUCCUGGCCGCGGAGGAGGCUCCUCUUGGGCCGGCUGGCAUCUCGGCCCGGGCCAUCAUCUACGAUGCGCCCUUUGCCCAGAUCCCCGGCAGCUUCAUCUUGACCUCGGUGGUGGAGCUGGCUCGCAGCCUGGCAUCGGUCGUGGCCGCCGGGUCCGUCAGCUACUCGGCCGUGCUGAAUGGCGUGGAGCUUCUCCUGGGGGCCAUCCGCCAGGAGGCUCAGCAGCGUGCCUGGACGCCCAAUCGCCUGGCCCGGGCGGUGGCCAGCCGGCGCUUCCUGCUGACGCAUGCGGCCCUGGCGCUGGUGCUCUUCCGCCGGUCGGCCAACACCACUCCCACCGGGCCGGAGGAGUCGCGCACCGCCGCUGCCUUUGCCACUAUCGUGGACUUGUUUUCGGCCGUGCGCCUGACGGAUUUCCUGCUGCUGGAUCCCGCUCGCUCGGCCACGCACCCGCUGGUUCUGUCCGGCAAUCUGUUCGCCGAAUGCCGGCUCCGGGCAUUGUCCUGCCUGGAGGGCAUUUUCGCCCUGCUGGAUGUCGCCCCGAGCGCGGUGCUCCAGCUGGCCGGGCUGACAACCACUCGGUCGGCUGGAAUCCUGCGUGCCGUGGCCAAGGCCCAGAUUCAGCUGGCCAUCGGCGCCGGCCAGGCGCUGACCCUGGCCAGCCGCCCGGGCCGGGACUUGGUGUCGCUGAUCCUGAAGGCGGCCCCGGUGCCGACGGCCGGUGCCUCGCCGGAAGCCCUCUAUGCCCAUAUCAACCACUUCUUCGACUUGCUGAACAUGGCACACUCGCUGGAGCUGGUCGAGCACCUGGCUCAGACGGUGCUGGAACUGUACCUGGGCCCGACCGAGACCAAGAGCACUGACUCCGGCACCGGGUCCGACUUUUCGGUUCCCAGCGACGUGGCGGUGGCCAUCUUCCACUUCUCGGUGCUGAUGCAACUCUUCACCAGCCGCCUGCAGCUGGGUCGCUUCACCGAGGCCUUUGACACGCUGCUGCGCCUGAGCGCCCUGCGCCUGCCGCAUGCGGUCCUGUCGUCCGAGCCGUCAUCCCUCUUCUCGCGCCAGGCCGGCGGUGGGACGCUCAUCUUCGGCCCCUUCCUGGACCAGGCCCGGCACACUGUCCGUGGCUCUGCCCUGGAGCUGAGCUGCAUGGAGCGCUUUGUGUCGACGGUUUGCGAGGCCGGGCAGGCUCGGCUGCUGGCCGAGCUCCCGGUGGACUCGGUCCGUGCGGCCCUCGAGCGGACUCUCGAGCAUAAGGCCCACAAUUCGCCGGUGUGCAUCCCGGUGGCCCUGGUGGCCGAGCUCGGGGCCGCGUGCGAGGCCGACCUGAAGCAUGGGUCGCGCCUGCUGGCGGGCGCCGCCGAGGCUGCCCCCGCCGCCGAGGCCGAUCCCACGACCGCCGGGCCGAUUGAGGUCUUCUCCACCGGCGUCUGCUAUCACAAGAUCCUGUCCUCGCUGUAUGUCAGCAAUCGGGCCCACCGGGCCGCCGCGCGGAUCCUUUACAUCUAUGCCUCCCGGGUGCUGGCUCUUGGGGCCGGCGCGCAGCAGUCGCGCGUGUCGCCGAUCGCCGCUCGCGGGCUCCUGCAGCUGGUGGCCGACGCCCUGGCAAUGUCGGCUUCGCUGCUGUCGUUGCUUCCCCGGGCGGAGGCUUUCUUCUACCUGCGCGAUGCGUCGAUCAUGCCGCGCUCGGUUGGCGGCCCGGCGGCCGCCACCGGCCCGGUCACCGCCUCCCCCUUGGCGGUCGGCCAGGACGCCGCCGGCUCGUCGGUCCUGGCCUCGGUCCGGACGCUGGCGCAGGUUCAGCGCGAGACGGCCGCGGCCCAGGCCCGGCUCUCGCUGCUGCUGCACCUGACAACAGGCACGGGCCCGGCGUCCGGCCGGCUGGACGAUCCCCAGGAGGCGGUGGCUGCCUGCCUGGGCGGGGCAUUUGCCCUUGCUCCCGGGGCUGGGCUCUUUGCCUUGCCUGUGGGCCCGGUGCAGGGGCUGCUCCGGCAGCACAUUGAGCAGUCCCUGGCGGGGCUGGUGGCCGCCGGCCAUGCUGACCGUGCCUUCACUCUGGCUACGCAAUCCGGUGCCGGGCAGUUUGGCCCGGUCUUCCUGCGGCUGCUGACGCGUGUCUACCUGACCCUUUUGUGCCAGCCGGCCGGGUCCCGGGCCCCGGGGGCCGAUGAGGCCUGGAAGCGCCUGACCAACUACCUGGCGGUGUUGUCCGAUGCCAUGCCGGAGGCGGCCGAUGCCACUGGUGGCGGUGCCGGCACCGAGCUCGAGCUCUAUGACGCGGUGCUGGACGAGUGGCUUGCCCAGUCCCGGGGGCUUCCCCUUCCCGGGUGGCUGGUGCAGCCGUACCAGGCUGACGAGCGGAAGCUCGGCACCCUGGUGGCCGCUCUCGGCCGUGCCGGACGCCAUGCCGAGUCUCUUCAGGUGGCCAGCCAGGCCCGCGCUGGCCUGUCCCGCAGCAAGCGCCUCCGGACGGAACUCGCGGCGUCCUCCCCCUCGGCCGACGCCGGGUUCUUCUACUCGGCGCCGGUUUGAGCGGCGGCAGGCUGGCGGCAAUCACCUCCCCGGCUCUGCGCCGCCGGGCCUGUCUGCGAACUCCUCCGGUGCUGGUGCUGCUGCUGUUGUCGGGGGAAGCCUUUGUCCGCGCACAACAAGCCAGCACGCAUAUACGGUGCCUUUUGGCGAGGUGCUUUUGCGGCGUUCCCCCGCUCGAUGUAGGCCCUUGUCCUUUUCUUUUGUCUCCUCCCUACUUUGACCUUGCUAUCGAAAAUACACGCCGGCCAUGUGAACAGACCCCGCGUCUGAUUUGGUUGGCCUUUCGUGUG